AUGUCUAAAAUUUCAGGGAUUUCCUAUUCACCAUAUGACCGGCUGUUUGAUAAUUUAACACACAACCUUUACUAUGGAUUCUUUGCUAUUAUUUGUAUUUUGGGCCUGGUGGGAAAUGGAAUGACAAUUUAUCUCCUGGCCUUUUCCAUUAAGAGGAAUCCUUUCACCACUUUCAUCCUGAAUCUCUCCAUCGCUGAUUUUGGGGUCCUCACAUCCCUCAUUAUGGCAGAAAUAUUUGUGAUAGUGUUAACUCUGGGUAAAAGAACUGACAUUCUCCAAACCUCCUUCUUCUUAUUUUUCGAGCUGUUUUCCUUCACCUAUUCUGCCAGCCAGUUUCUGCUGACGGCCAUCAGCCUGGACAGGUGCGUGGCUGUCCUCUUCCCACUCUGGCAUCGCUGCCAUCGUCCGCCAUAUUUGCCCAGUCUUGUUUGUGGCCUCAUCUGGAUCCUCUCCUUCCUGCUCUCUGCGGUGCACUUCAUUCUCCACCAAACCAGGGACUUUGGAGGUUCACCUUUGCUUUACCAGCUGAUUGUGAAUGGUUUAGUUUGUACGCCUCUCAUGGUUGUGUCCACUGUGACCCUCUGGAUUCGUAUGAGGUCUAAAUUGCAAUACAGUCAAAAGAAACUGCUCACUAUCAUCCUGAUGGCUCUCCUUUGCUUCCUUUUUUUUUCUCUCCCAAUGGAUGUCUUUUAUGUCAUUGAAUAUUUUGAUUCUUAUAAUCCCAUCCUCAUGACCGUUGGGAUAGGAUGUACGGCUCUCAACAGCAGCAUCAACCCACUCCUUUAUUUUUUCAUUGGGAGGAGGAAGAGGGGAAAGGAGCAGUCCAGAGCAACUUUUAAGGUUGCUCUGCAAAGAGUUUUCAAGGAUGAGCAGGAAAGUUCAGAAGAGCAGCAAACUACAGAGGAAAACAUAAGUGUCCCUAGCAUUGUCUAA